AUGAAAGCAAGUAGUCAGAGAGCUCUCUUCCUGUUGGAACAAUGCAUUACCAUGAUGCACGUCAAGCAAGUUCAAUCCCAUCUCACAGUUUCAGGGGCCAUCUUGGAUCCUCAAGCCGCUACCAAGAUUAUCUCCUUUUGUGCAGUAUCCAACCGCGUCGACUUAACUCACGCCUGCCAACUCUUUCGCCAGCUACCGCAUCGAACCACAUUGGUAUGGAACUCCAUGGUCAGAGCUUUUUCCGAGAGGAAUGAACCCCUUAAAGCUUUGUCUCUCUAUAAGGAUAUGCUCGAGAGUGGCUUCUUACCCAACAACUAUACCUUUUCUUUCCUGCUUAGAGCUUGUGCUGACCUCUCUGAUGUCUCCUUGGGCUUAAUUCUCCAUUCCCAAGUCAUCAGAUUGGGCUGGGAAUCGUAUGACUUUGUGCAGAACGGGUUGAUCCAUCUGUUUGCGACUUGUAACUGCAUGGGCGCAGCUCGUAAAUUGUUUGAUGGGAGCGUAAAUCGAGACGUCAUUACGUGGACAGCUUUGAUUAACGGUUAUGUGAAGGGUGGAUUGGUUAGGGUUGCACGGGAGUUUUUUGAUCAAAUGCCGGAGAAGAAUGUUGUUUCUUGGAGUGCGAUGAUUAAUGGGUAUGCACAAGUUGGUUUGUUCAAAGAGGCUUUGGAACUUUUUAACGAUAUGCAAGUUUCUGGUUUUCGACCGAAUCAUGCUAGCAUUGUGGGAGCACUCACUGCGUGUGCUUUUCUUGGCGCAUUGGAUCAGGGAAGGUGGAUACACGCCUACGUGGAUAGAAAUGGGAUGGAAUUAGAUAGAGUGUUGGGCACUGCUCUUGUUGACAUGUAUGCAAAAUGCGGGUGUAUUGAAACUGCUCGUUGUGUAUUUGAUGAGAUGCCGAAUAGAGAUGUUUUUGCCUUUACUUCUUUGAUUUCGGGCCUAGCAAAUCAUGGCUUGAGUACAAGUGCGAUUGAGUUGUUUAUUAGGAUGAAGAGUGAAGGAGUUAUUCCUAAUGAAGUUACAUUUAUAUGUGUCUUAAGUGCAUGCAGUCGAGUGGGGUUGGUGGAUGAAGGGAUGAGAAUAUUCAAUAGCAUGAGUCAGUUCUAUGGGAUCGAGCCAGGGGUCCAACACUAUGGCUGUUUGGUAGAUCUGUUUGGGAGAGCAGGGAUGCUACAAGAGGCAAAGAAGGUGGUGAGGGCGAUGCCAAUGGAACCAGACUCGUAUGUGUUGGGUGCAUUGCUCAAUGCUUGUAGAGUUCAUGGAGAUUUUGAGCUGGGUAAAGAAACGGUUGAGCACUUCGUUCAGCAGAGUCUAGACCAUGGUGGGGUUCAUGUUCUUCUUUCCAACAUGUAUGCUUCUGCUAACAAAUGGGAUGAUGUGGCAAAGGUAAGGAAGGGAAUGGAAGAGAAGAAGGUAAAAAAGGUACCGGGAUGUAGCUUGAUUGAAGUGGAUGGGGUGGUCAGUGAAUUUGUUGCUGGAGAUAGGUCGCAUCUGCUGAUGGAGAAGAUCACUUUAUUCUCUCUUGGCAUUGACAAGCACCUAAAGUCUCUUCGGCAUGAUCACGAUGAUGAUAAGAUAAAUGAAUAAAUCGAAUUCUAGCUGAGAAUUGAUGAAUACACUGCUGCCAUUGAGGAGGAAAGCUUUGGCUUUAUUAGCGAACUGUUAUGUUCCUCUGGAUUAUCCAUCUGUUUGGCUUUUGGUUCAGUCUGCAGUUUUAAGGAUGCCUCUUUAGCAUGCAGAGAUAUGCAUCUAUACAACACCCGUGCGUCAAUUUUUGUUUAGAAAGAAACUGCUUCAUUUGCGGGGAAGAAGAAACAUACAACUUUUUUGCCACAUUUCCCUUUAAGGGGAAAAAGAAUCAAUUUGUCGACAUGCUGCUUGCCUGAAGUAAAUGGGGAAACCAGGUUUUUGGCAGGCUUGAUUUUUGUUGACUGAAAUUUGAAAAGAGAAGUCUUGAGAGAUAUAGAAAAUGCCUUUUACAAGGUUUCAUAUUCUUUAUCCCUCCCAUCGUUUUGUUACGUUUGUAAAAAUUAGAGUUCUGCUAAACUUGUAAGUUUUAAUCCUUCAUGAAUAAAAUUUGUUUAUUCAUAAAAAAAAAAUGUUAUUGGCCA